AUGUGUGAGGGGGGGGUGGGGCGGGGUCAGGUUUCAGCGCCCCUCCUCGGCUCCUCUCGGUGGCGGGACCCCGCCGGGGCAGAGCCUCAGACGGAGCAGACCGCCGCGCUGGAGAGAGCUGUUGGGAGGGAUGUGAGACGCAUGGCAGCCCUCGCUCUUCUGCUCUUCUCUCCUGUGAGGAUGAGCGGCGUGGGGCCGCGGGCGCCGGGCCUGAUGCGUCAGUCCGUCUGCGUCGCCCUGCUCCUGCUCUGCAGCACCGCGCUGUCCGAGGCCCAGAGCCCGCCCGGCCCGGAGCGCUCGCCGCCCCCUGCUGGCCUGGAGGCUCAGCGCAGAGGGAGGGAUGCCGCCGAGCCCAGCCUCCCCCCGGAGCUGGAGUUCCUGGCGGGUUUGGCGGGUAAGCACCGGCUGUGGGUGAUCACAGCGCCCUCGCACGCGGAUAACUACCUGCGCAUGAUGCAGAAGCAGAUCCGGGACAUGGAGCCCGAGGGCCUGAGCUGCCGGCUGGCCGAGAGAGACACGGUCAUCGUCACCAUCGUCCAGAACGCCAUGAUGGAGGGCCGGGUCCGCCGGCCGUCGUACCGGGGCGAGGCCCAGGAGGAGGCCCUGGACUCUGACACCGUCACCAAGCUGCUGCACUACCUGGACCUGCAGGAGCAGGAGUUCUCCAUGCUGCUGCUGAAGAAGAACCUGCUGGUGGGCGAGCGCUUCCCCUACCCUGUCCGCGUGGCGGCCAUUUUGGAGGUCAUCGACCAGCUGCCCGCGCGCAAGCUGGAGAAGCUGACCCGGAAGGGCUCCCCCGAGCGCUGCAAGGUGGUCCGGAAGCGCGUGGUGCCGCGGAAAUGGGGCCCAGCCAGGACGGCGGCCUCCAGCCCCCGCCGGCGGGCGAGGGUCACCGCUGCGCCCCAGCAUCGCAGGCCCCUGGGCAAGCAGGCGGCCCUGAGGAGCCAGGUCCAGAACAUUCUGAGCGGACGCUCCCGGUUCGUGAUCCGCAAGGAGCCCGCAGCAGGCCGGAGAGCGCAGCCCUUCACCCCCGAGGGCCCGGGGCCCAGCCGCGCGCCGCACGCCCGGGGGGACUCCGCAGGGUCUGUGAGCCACGAGGGCGGGGCCCAGCCUGCGGGGGGGGCGGCGGGAGCCAGCUCCAGCGGGGUCAAAGGUCACACAGACUCCAGCGGGGUCAAAGGUCACGCAGACUCCAGCGGGGUCAAAGAUCACGCAGACUCCAGCGGGGUCAAAGGUCACGCAGACUCCAGCGGGGUCAAAGGUCACGCAGACUUGUCCAAACAGAAAGGGAAGGGCAAGAAGAAAGGCGGGAAGAAGAAGGGGAAAGGCAGGAAGUCACAGCGAGACGCAAGCGGCAAGAAAGCGCUCAAGACAUUUCUGGAGAAAUUUGAGGGGAAAAGGAGGCUCCUGGUGGUUUCCGCCCCGGCGAAGACCAGCCCGGCAUAUCUGCAGCAGAACGCUGAUAACCAACAGAAUCACUGUGACCUGGCCCUGCGGAAGGUCACCACGGCAACCAUCCUGGGCCCCGAAAACAACAGCACACUCCACCUAUACCACUACCUGCAGGGUACGGAGCCUCCCUUCGAAGCGGGCCCAGAUACACAGACUGACCUCGGCCUGAUCGCCCUGAUCCGGAAGGAGUACGGGAUUCUUCCCGCAGACUUCUCCUUAGUGUUGACCGACUAUGACCUGAAGCCGCAGAACCUGUUCCAGGCUCCCGUCUCCCCCUCUGUGAUGACGGACACGCUGGACUCCUUCCCAUCCAGAGAGCCUGAGAAGAGAAGAGAGAAGAGCAGGCCUGCCACCUGCCCCACACCUGGAGCCCAGAGCGAGGUCGAGAGCUCUCUGCUCAGAUUCAUGUCGAAGAGGAGGCUUUUGAUCAUCUCCACCCCGUCUGAAGAUGACUACUCUUUCCAGCAGCAGCUGCAAGCCCUGAACGGCCAGUCCUGCAAUCUGGGAAUCCGGCACUUUGCUCUGCUGAAGCUGAUCGGUGCAGGGCCUCAGUCCUCCGGCUCAGUGGAACUGCUUCCCUUGAACGGUAAGAGUCAGGCAGAGCUGGAGCCUCUCUCUGCUGACAUGGUGGAGGGGUUGCGGGGGCAGUUGAAGAUCACGGGGGAGUACUUCAGCAUGCUGGUGGUGGGGAAGGAUGGUGAGGUGAAGGCCUGGUUCCCCUCGCCCAUGUGGUCCCUGGUGAACGUGUACGACCUGGUGGACUCCAUGGAGCAGCGCCAGGAUGAGCAGCGCCUGCAAAGCACCCUGGGAAUCCGUUGCCCCGACGACAGUGGCAGCAGUCACCAUGGUUAUGAGGACGAGGGCGAGGAGAGCUACCUGUACCGACACCCGGAGGACUGA